AUGGAUGAGUAUCCAUAUGAAAGCAAUUUACACCCUGGUAUAGAUAGACAAGGUUCCGCAUGGUCAAAUGUAAUCGACUCACCUGCAGACUGGGCUACUUCGUUCUCAGAGGACUAUGAGGGAAUGGCGUGGGUGAAACUCUCUACCAAAUUGAGUUGUAUGGUUGCGGGAAUGCUGAAUUCUGCAUUUUUGCUGAUAAAGUAUUUGCAUAGCUUUGAGUAUCCUAUAUCGCCACAUUAUCAGAAAAAAGAGUAUCAGCGGACUGCGUUUUCUUCAUGGUUGACUUUGGCAGAAAUGACGCUAGUUGCUAUAAGCCUUUUAAAUACCGUGUUUGUGGUUUUACCUUCAAAAUCAUAUCGAAUGUUCUUACACGAUAAGAACUCUCCUCCACAGUCAUCACAUGCUUAUCUUGUAGACAGAGAUGUUGUGUUUGCCAGAGGAGUAAAGGAGUGUGUACGCGUUGCAAUGAACAAGCUGAGAAUGAGAAAGUUACAUGAAGAUGAAGAAGUUGUAUGGGAAUUGAAGAUUUGGCAUCCUUGGCAAUUCAACUGGAAUCUGUUCAUGAAAGCAUUGUACGAAGAAGUUGCCUACGAAUACGACAAACAAUUUGUCUAUCCAAACGUUAUUAAAAUCAGAGCUGAAAAGCAGAUUCAGACUGAGGAGGAACAACCAUGGGACAGAUUUAACAUAUCAAGCUCAUCAGAAAGACAUGAUAUCAUGAGACGGUCAGAACACAGAAACAAAAAGCAGAGCACUGGAUAUUAA